AUGACUUCCUCGGCAGCAACGUCCUGGUGGCGCCUCAUCCGAUUCAUCGCCCGAGAAGAUGGACAAACGUACUUCGGUCAACCUCUUGACGAUUCACUCGAUGUUGGUGUUGCCUAUGCCAAUUCUUCUCCACCUAUCCGCGCGAACAUUCUCUACACCCAUCCGCUAUCCGGUCCUGCACCUCUAUCUGGUGUAAUCAAGACUGUAUCCACUCUUCUUCCACCUCUUCUUCCCCACGAGAUCCCCUCGAUUCGUGCUUUAGGAGCAAACUUCAUCCAACCCAACCAAGAUCCCCAUGUUGCAAUCAAAAGCCGCCCUGUCUUACCCAUUCUCUUUUACAAACCCAACACCACCAUCUCUGGUCCCGGUCGUGAAAUCAUCAUUCCCGCUUGUGCAAAGGAAGAAUCAGACUACGAAGUUGAACUACUCGUUGUCCUUGGAAAGUGCAUAAAAGACGCCUCGCCCAGCGAGGCAAUGCAAGCAGUUCUCGGCUACACACUUUCCAACGACGUCUCAGCACGAGCACGGAUGUUCGCAGUUCCUCAAUGGGGUCUAGGUAAAUCCUUCGAUGGUUGGUUACCCAUUGGACCAUGCCUAGUCUCCGCUUCAAACCCUAAAGGCAUUCAUAACCCUGAUAAUAUUCACCUAAUGACAAAACUCAACAACAGGGUCAUGCAAGACGGAAACACAUCAGAGAUGCUUUGGAAAACAGCUGAAACUUUGGCAGAGUUGAGUAAAAGUACAACGUUGGAAAAGGGUAGCGUGGUUAGUAUGGGAACUCCUCCAGGUGAAGGAUUCAAGAGGAACCCAAAGGUUUGGUUGAGAGAUGGCGAUACGUGUCAUUUGUGGGGCGGAAAUGGCUUGGGGAGCUUGAUCAAUGCGGUUAGAGAGCAAGGGAAGGGUGAUGAGCGGCCGGUUGAGGUUCACAAAUUCAAGGCUAAACUGUAG